AUGAUAUCAUUUUUUUGGUAUCAUGCCUGUCCCAAGCCAGGAUAAAGGAGGAGGGUGCUGUGGUAGGCGUGUGACGGCCAACAGUAUCACCUAGUCACAUCACAUGACAUGAAUCGAAAUAUGAAUAUCGUUAAUUCACGUGAAGGAGUGAUCUUGAUAAUUUUUUUCCCUCAUCUUUUUUUUUCGUAGUUUUUUUUAUCCUUAUAUAUAUAUAUAUAUUUAUAAGCAUUAUUUGCAACCUUUUUAUUUUAUCAUUUAUAUAUAUAUAUUCAUCUUUUUUAUAUUAUCUUUUCAUAAUAGCUUAUCUUUUUAUCUUUAUUCCUUCUUUUCCUUUUGUUUGUGAUAUCAUGUAUCGAUUCAUGUUAGCCGACCCCAAUAUCUUUUGGGACUAAGGCUUGGAUGUUGUUGUUGUUGUUGUUGUUGGUUUUGUUAGCGUUCAUUGCAGUGCUGUUUUGAGGUUUCCUCUUAGUCUAUAAGGCAUUGUUUGGAUUGAUUUGAUAGUUGAAUUUGAAUUACUAGAAAUUAGUUAAAGUCAGAUGGGGAGUUCAGGAGUUCAAAAGAAUCCAGUGAACUCAACUACUUCCGAGGAAUUGUUCAACAACCAUGAACCAUGGUGUACUUUAGGCUUGAACUCCCAAAUUCAUGAACUGAGAAAAUAUAGGAAUACCCAAGCUCUCAGGUUUUUGAAUUCGAAACCAUCACACCUCAUUCCUGGGAAAAAGGGAAUUCCCUGUACUUGGAAGGUAAUCCAAAAGAGGUCUAAAUGUCCAUUUUGCAUGCAUACUCUAGAAUAUGCAAAGGUGGGUGGAAAAGAAAUGAUGAAUUCGCGUUAUUCUUAUUAAACUAUCUCAUAUUGCGUCAUACUUCAACAGAUAAGGAUCAAUGCCUAGUGUUGCUGCUGUUUGUAUUUUUAGUUAAUAAUUUUUUUUGUUUUAUAAUCAAUCGCUUGAAUGAGGAAGGAAAGCAUAUGGGAAAAAUCAGAAAGAAAAUGUUGGAAAAUAAAAGAUAGGCUAAAACUCAAUAAAUGUUUUUUGAGAUAUUUGUUAACACACACACACACACACACUGUUUGUUUGUUUGUUUGUUUAUGUGUGCCACAAAGAAACAUAAGUAAAUGUAAAAAAAUUGAAAGAAAUAAUUAAAUUUAAUUUCCUUGUGCAUUUAUCAAUGUAAAACCAAAAAAUAUUUGUUCUCGGCACUUUUGUCCCCUUUCCAUAGCGUUUUCUGGGAUCAAAACAUAUCAGUAACUUAUUUGCAAGUGAAUGAUGAAAAUGAGGGUAUUUCCAAUAAUCCAAUGUUGGCAGGUGCUGUUAUACGAUGAGCCCACAGCUGGGCUGGAUCCGAUUGCAUCAACAGUUGUGGAAGAUCUGAUCCGGUCAGUUCAUAUGAAAGGGGAGGAUGCCCUUGGAAAGCCUGGGCAGAUUGCAUCCUAUGUUGUGGUCACCCAUCAUAGUGCCCCAAACCGAACUCUCCAACAAUUGAGAAGUCUCCUAGUGCCCCAAACCGAACUCUCCAACAAUUGAGAACUCUCCUAGUGCCGCAAACUGAACUCUCCAACGAGUAUAACACUUCCCACCUUAGCAAAGCUGACUAUUUUACCCCAAAAGUCAAAACUAACCUGAUUUAUAGUCUAAUACAAGAAUGUAAACUGGGUAAAAGAUGGUAAUUAGCAAUUAAUUAUUUUUCAUAUCACAUUAUUGAUGAUUUAUUAAUAGAAUCUUCCAUUUAAACAUAUCUGAUUUUUUCUGAUCCCCUCUUGAUUGAUUCUUUGAUUUGUCUUGGAAGACUAAGAUAUAUGUUGUGCAUCCCCAAAUAACUGUUUGAGCACAUUUUCCUUAUAAUUAUUAGCACCGUGAGGAUUGGAAUCAGUGCAGAAGAAGUAUAAUAGUUAUACAUUCCUCUUAGGUCAGCGGUCUUAUGCUUGCAAGCCAUACAGGCAUCCGUCACUUAUUUUCAAAGUGUUUGAGCCAAUAUGAGAAGUUGAGGAAGAGAGAAGCCUUUCUUGACAACUAUAAGAAUCUCGCGAUGUUUGCUGACAAUGACCUGUCAGAAUUUGAUGACUCUAGAAACGUAAUUGAGAGUCUUGUCGAUGAGUACAAGGCUUGUGAGUCCCCAGAUUACAUCAAGUGGGGAAUCGAGGUAGACAUGCAGCAUAUUUUUUGUGUGAAAUUCAUAAUUGAUUGUUAUGGAGUGGAUACAAUCAUACAAUUAGCAGCUUUGAUGUAAAACGUGUGCUAAAACAGCUAUUUCUAAAAAACUUCUUUUAUUUAUUGUUACUAUUGAUAAUUUGUAUGUCUGUGUUGUGCUU